CCGGGAUUAAGCAAUUCUCUAAACAAGUGAUAUCCCAGCAGCAGAUGGAGAUGCACAGACCAUUGCCCUGCUCUGGCUGAACUCCCUAAGAAAGAAAACCCACGUUAAGUCAAAGAGGAAGCAUAUGGGAGCUUUCAGGAAAGUCUCUAAGCUUUGGCUUUGAAACUCACUGUUUGUACUCGUUUUUAUUUACAUUCUUUUUAUCUAGCUCGUCUCUAAAUUCAAAUAGUGGGAGUCAAUUCAACUUCAAUCAGAUUGAACAGGAACAGACUGGAAUUGGCUGAGUUCUUCUGAAAACCUCCCUCGUGGCAAAGUGUUUCUUUCCUUCCAUAGAACACAAUUGCAGACCCAAGGUUCUAUUGAUGGGACUGACAGGACAAUGACAUCCACCACAGGGAGCAGCUACACCUCGAUUCCUAACCAGAAGUACAGGCGCAGCAGCCGUCGCUCCAGACAGCGCUGCAACACCUCGGACACAGCUUCCCCAUCUCUGUCAACGCUUGGAUAUUUUCAAAUGCUUCCACUAGAGAUCUUUCAAACGGUAUUGAAUUAUCUUUCAGUGAAGGAUAUCAGCAUGCUGAGCAUGGUGUCGAAAACCAUCAGCAACCACCUUAUGAAUUACAUCUCAACCCCAGCAGGAAACCGAAGGCUCUUACUGCGAGACUUCCAUAACCUUGAGCCACCUGGCAAGGGAGAAGGAUCCUAUAUUUUAGAGCACUACAAAUCUCUAGGAUUGCUGCUUAAAAGAUGCACGCUUCUCCUGCCUACUAAAGAGAGGCUGAAGUACAUACACAAGGUUCUCUCGGGAGUUUCCUGUUUCAAACUUCACGGUUGUCCAAGUCCUCUGCAUUGUUCGGGAUUACAGUGCUAUGGGGUAUUUUUACAGAUCCUAACAGCAGGCUGGGAUGAACUGGAGUGUCACCGGGUUUUUAACUUCCUCUGGGAGCUGAGCAAUUUAGCCCGUAAAGUACAGACAGUUGUGAGCAGCAAACCAGGAAGUGCCCAGAAGCUGGAGCUGAGGAUCAGGCUGUACUGUCGCAGCGUCUUGUUGAACCACUGGAUUCAUCGCAGCGACUCUGCGUUCUGGCUGACCCGGAUCUUGAAGCCGUGGCCCAUGGUUAACCAAGCUCGCCUGCUCUACAUCAUCUUUGGGCCAGUGUCCUCUCUUGAUGGACACGUGGUUUGGCAGAGAAUGAUAGAAGGACCAACAGAUGAGGCCAGCCUGAAAGGUCUAGCAGAGGCCAUUAAACUCCUGUAUGAUACAGAAGCUAGAGAAUGGACAGCAGACGAUGUCAUCAGUCUGGUGGAUGAGCUGUCAGUGGUUCCCCGGGAGUGGCUCAUGGAGAACAGCGCUCGGCUGCUCAUUCUGAGUGGAAACAACAUUUGCUUCACCUUCAUGGCCAGUAAAGCUGUGAAUGGGCGAGUGGCUGAGUUAGCCAGGCUCAUGGUCUUCCUGGCCUUGGUCUGUGAGAAGGACCUGUACUGCAUGGACUGGGCAGUAAAAAUGAUGCAGAAGGUUUGCAAAGUUUUCAACACUCCAGGAGAGAGAAACAACUUCCUGCAGUGUCUGGAGAACGCCUUUUCUCACCUGAUCAUGGACAUGCUCCAGGCAGUGCUGUCUGGGGAUCGUGACGAAGAGGACAGCAGCUUCUUGAACUUGUUUCACCUUGUGAACGCACAAGCGAACUUCCAUAAGGAAAUCCUGUACCUGAGCAUGGGCGGCGGCAGCAGCACCGCCUGACGCUCGGGGGGUGACAGACUCUUCCCGAAUCCUGCUGGGGUUUUCC